AUGGCAUCGGAUCUCCCUCGUACCCAAAAGGCCAUCGUGGUGCAGAAUCCCGGCCCCAACCACACCAUCGUCCUGCGUGGUGACGUCCCCGUCCCGGAACCAGGACCAGGAGAGAUCCUGCUCAAACUGGAAUGCACGGCCGUCACUAAUAUCAAAAACAGCCACUCAGAAGUCCGCGCGGUGCUAGGCUGGGGCGUCUACAACCCCAUAAUCGGCCACGAAGGUGUCGGGACAGUCGCAAAGCUAGGCCCUGAUGUUUCAAACGCAUUCGUCGGCGAGCGCGUCGGACUGAAAUGGCUCUAUAACGCCUGCACAGAAUGCAGUAUCUGCAAACGCGGCUUCACACACCACUGUCCCAAUCAACAAAACACAAGUCGGCACGUACCCGGCACUUUACAACAAUACGCUCUCGCAGAUGCAAACUUCAUAACGUCCAUCCCAGCAGGCCUCGCCUCCGAGAUCGCGGCACCGCUCCUCUGCGCCGGCUUGACAAUGUCCGGCGCACUGUCCCAUCUAGAAACCUCGCUGGCACCGGGUGAUUGGGUCGUGAUAUCCGGUUCUGGAGGCGGACUCGGACACGUCGGCGUCCAAAUCGCCGCGCGUAUAAACAAAUACCGCGUCAUUGCAAUUGACAGCGGCGAAGAUAAGAAGGAAACAAGUCUCUCGUCUGGCGCGGAGGUAUUCAUCGAUUUCAAAACGGAGGAUGUGGCCAAGCGUGUGGCUGAGGUUACGGGCGAAGGUGCGCAUGCGACAAUCGUUGUCCCUGGUACGAAGGAGGCGUUUGAAAUGGCACCUAUGGUUAUUCGGAAUUUGGGGAUUAUUGUUAAUGUCGGAUUACCGAGGAAUGAUAUUGAGAUUCCGAUUUCUGCGACAGUUUGUGCGGCUAGAGGUAUUACUAUCAAAGGGUCAUCGGUUGGAACUGAAGACCAAAUGGCGGAGCUGUUGCAAUAUGCGUUACAAGGCGUGAUUACCCCUGCCAUUGAGGUGUUUGAGUUUGCGGAGGCACCUAGGUUGAUUCGGGCUCUCAUUGAUAACAGGAUUAAGGGGAGAGCUGUUGUUACUAUCCCCCAUGGUAUUUAG